AUGUCCUCACCAGAGGGUGACGCGUCUGAAAGCUUGCCUAGUUUCGUCGAUGCGUUCGACAACUGGGCAAAGCUGUUGCCAACUCAACUUGCAGUUUGUGGAGGUAGCGUGUCUUGGAGUUGGGAUGAGUUGUGCAAGAAGUCACGUGUUGCAGAGAGGCACAUUCUUGCAGAAUGUUCCAAAAGCACUGGCAAAGCUGUCGAUGUGGUUGCAAUUCUGGCACACAGAUCGCCACAAUGGUUGGCUGCGACCAUUGGGGUGAUGCGUUGUAACUUGCCCUUUGUGUGGAUGGGGGCAGGCGAACUUCCUCUGAAAGGUCGUUAUGCCGAAAGACAGCGCAACGAUCAGAUCAUGCAGGUGUUGCAUCCUGAGUUGCUUCUGCUGGACGCAGCUGCUGCUCCGGAGGUCAUUCCAGAUUGGGAGCAGGUGUCCAGACCGCGUGUGCUGCCUCUAGAGAGCUUGCAGUCGGAGAUUUGCGAUGCUGUAGUGCAGCAUGGAAUAAGAACCGCGCAGCAAGCCUUAUGCUAUCAGCUCACAGGAGGCACAACGGGAUCAUCAAAGUGUGUACGCAUCUCUCAUGAGAUGGCCUUGCAUGAGGUAGCUGCCUACCCGAAGGCUUUCAAGACUCUGAGUUCCCAGGAUCGCGUGUUGCAGCACACCCCAGUUUUAUGGGCCGCCAGUGCCAUUGGACAGAUCAACAUUGCAGUCAGCUUCGGGGCUUGCAUAUGCAUCGCUGAGAUGGAUCAGGAUUCCAUAUCCCGGAAUGGUGCGACUGUUUUGGGGACGGUUCCAUCGGCACUACGAUCCAUCAAUCCACAAGCCGUUCCCACUGUGCGCUGUGUGUUUUGCUGGGGGGAGUCCAUGUCGCCUGUGUUGGCUACGCAAUGGAGAUCGGAGAAGCGGCGUGUCAUUGAGCUCCUCAUCAGCACCGAGUAUUGGCUAAGUCUGUACAGUGAGGGCACUAUGUCCGUGGAGGGGAGGACCGUCUAUUGCGCUGUGCCUGGUGCCGACAUUGCUGUUCUUGAAAACGGUACGCUUUCCACAGACUGCAAUGCAACUGGACAGCUAUGUCUACGUGGACCUAUGGUUACCACGAGGUACCUCGGCCCGCAUGCAGCUUCGACUGUCACACCACCGGAUGCCAGUGCAGCCUUCUUCAAGACUCAGGACGUCGUCACGAUAGUUCAGCAAAAUCCAUUGCGCUUGGAGUUCAGGGGUCGCAGCGAUAUGUUGAUCAAGGUGGGCGGGCAGUUUGUAGACCUCUCCGAAGCGGAGCUGCGUCUCAAGGCCAAGCUGCUGCCACCCCCGGAGCAGACCGAGUGCGAGUCUGAUGUCUUUGCUGACGAGGUGGCGGUUGUUCCACCAGCCGAUUCUGGAAGCACAGUAUCGGCGCAUGUCUUCGUAGUGGUUCUCGACCACAGAUGUAGCUCCGCACGCAGGAUCUUGUCUUGUGCGCGAGCACUGAUACCUUCUGGGGCAGCCUUGCACUUGCUUGGCAAACCCUUGCCCAAAGAUCCAGUGUCGGGCAAAGUGGAUCGACAGACUUUGCUGCGGGGCUUGGUCGGGGAGACCCGAUCGAGGCCUGUUUGGACGGCGCUCCGUUCCAGGUUGAGAAUGCAGCCGGUUUGGUUGCUCGCUGUGGCCUUUGCGGGUGGCUUGAACCUCAACGCUUUGCUCAGCUGGUUCAUCUGGCGCAAGCCUCUGGGCAGGCCAGGCGCCAAAAGCCUGUUGCAGGCAUCUUUGCAUGUGGCCUUGGCGCCUUAUUUCUGGCUCUUGACGCUGUACAUCCCGCAGCGAGCCUGCAGGAAUUUCUUCAACAACAUACCAUUUGGACGUCUUGGAGCGUUGUGCAUUUGGUACCAGCUGAUCCGCUCAGGGGAUGCUCGUCUGCGAUGGCUGUCUGGAGCCGCCUUCGCGGGUUGCACCGGUACGGGCAUGGGACUGGCCAUGAGGCGCGGGCGCUUCCUUGCCUGGUGGCUGACCUUCUGGCUGGCCAUCCCAGAGAUUGCGGAGGCCGAGUGUGGGUGGUGGCUGAAGAUGAGCAACUGGCAAAUGUACUUUGACACGCUGGUUUCAUUCGUGUUGGAGGCGCGCAGCAGGAGCACUGAGUUGUGUGAGAACAUUGUGGAGUUGCUUUGUUCACUUCCCCAUACGGCGCGGGAGUGGAAUGAGAGCUGGCGGAGUGGAAGUUUGCCAUACGAGCCACCAGAGGAGCUUCAAGGUUUCCACAACCUCGGCGCUGAGCCGCCGCAGGUGGCGGAUGCAUCUGAAGAUUCGUUGGAGCCGGCCGAGCUAGCGCCAGCAUUGAGCCUGGUUUGUCAGGAGUGUGACGUAGAAGCUGACACGGCGCAAAUGUCGCAAGUCGAGCACGACGGUGGAGGGGAGGCAAGUCUUUUGCCGACCGAGUUGCCCCAAAGCCCGCCUGCUGAGGACGCGGCAGAAGAAGCGGCAGCCCCUGGCAGUGGGUUGAAUGCAGCAGCAAAGGCGGAAUCGAAGUCGGAAUGCAGCCAUUCGGACAACGAGAGCAAGGAGGCCUUGGGAGAGAGCCUCUCACAAGCUGUAGAAGUGGCGGCCAGUUCGCCUUGCGACAGUGACUCGGAGAACGAGUCCUGGGCCUGUGUGGACUGCAAGUGUCCCCUGCCUUGGGGAUCUGAUUGGCGGCAGGAAGACACCUCGUUUUACUGCAAGGCCUGCUACAAUGACUUCGAUAACAGGUGGUGGGAGUUUCACACUCGCGACGUGUUGGACUCCGGCCCGGUGCCCGAUGAGAGAUUGCAGGAAACGCCAGAUGCAGUGACUCCCGGGAGUCCCCGCGGGUCGGAGACACUCCACACUACAUCUGUGGCCGGUACGGUGCUCGUCCAACUCUUGCAGCCUAUGUUUAGCAAUCUUCACAACGACAGUCGCCUGUCAGGCAUUGACUCCUUGGCAGUCCUGACUCUUUGCCGUCAACUUCGUAUGGCCAUUCCCAACCUCGCUAUCCGGCCUCAAGAUGUUUUCCAGUGCGGUACAGUUCGGGAUCUGCUGAGCAUGGUUGAGAAUGUUGAGAAGGACACGGGCGAGGCCGAACUCCAGAUGCCGGAAGCUCUUGGAGAUACGGGUGUUGGUCGGGCAAUUUGGUUCGCGCCGGGGCAGGUGAAGAGCACCUGCAAGUGGCUCUACGGCUGCCGCGGAUUGCUCGACGAGCGAUGCUUCAAGCGAGCUGCUGCUCAGCUCAUAGCUCGUCAUGAAGGCUUAAGGGCAGAGUUUGAAGAUGGGGCAGGCAUGGAGAUCCUCCGCUUCAUGCGUGAUGUUGUGCCUCUACAUCUCAUCUUAUGGCAAGAGCUGGAGAAGAGUGGCCGACUUCUGCCGAUGGUCCGAGGCUGCCGGAGGCUCAUCUCGAAGGCUUUCAGGGCCUGCUGGCCUCGGUCUGUACCUCAACGCGUGACGGCCUCCUUCCUGGAGGAUCGGAUAUGGGUGGUACGCUGCAAAACGUGGCGGGAGGUUGAGCAAGCCUCGCAUCGACUACGGCAGGAGUGGGAGCCACCUUUCACCUUGGGGCUCUUCCUACUGGAGAAGCCUUCAGAGCAAGAGCGAGACAUUCUGAAUCCUGCAGAAGCUGGCAAGGGAGCUGGUAGCCCUGAGGACUGGGGUGCGCCGAGCAGCUUUCUGCAGUUCGUCGUCUCUCAUGCCUACUCUGAUGGCUACUGUAGCGUCCCCUUGGUUCAAGAUUUCGCAUCGCUUUACGCUCAAGAGGAGGAAGUGCUUCUGGGAGCAAGUCAAAGUGCGUUGCGCAAGGCAACCCAGGGCAGGUCAGAGUGGAAUCACUUGGUCCCGCUUUCUUCCGGAGCUACCUUUGAGGUCCUGGAGUCAAGGCUUUUUGCGGCGAUGGACUUCCGGCCAUCUUGGAGUCACCCGGAGCAGCUCUCGUUGCGAGCAGCGAUCUUUGACGAGACGCCGAAGAAGCAGCCGUGGGUCUACGACCACGAGGUUCUUGUGGAGGGGAAGGCGGUGGAAGCCCUCCAUCGAAAUGCCAAAGCGUAUGGGCUUCCGUUUGAUGUGGUACUGCUCUCCAUCGUGCUGGCGGCUAGCUUCAAAGCAACCUGGGCACUGGAGAAACUGAGGUCAUUCUACAAAGGUGUAUCGCCUCAGGAUUUUGCGGCUUCUAAGACGGAGUUGUCCCUUCCCCUGACGCUGUAUGCCCCUAUGCGAGACGGAAGCCUGAACGAUGCCAUGGUUGGCCUCUUCAGUGAUUGGAGGGACUUGACAGUGGCCUGCAGUUCGUCGGUGAGCUUGUUGGGAUUUUGCUUGGAGGUUGCAGAUCUCAUACGCUUCCGGAGGUGGGAAAUGUUUGAUCCGGUUCAGAAUGGCAACAACAUCUUGGUGAACAUCCUUCCCCUCGAUGAGCAGGCACGCGGCCAGCAGCAUUUCAAGCAGACCCGGGCCCAUGAGUAUGGUGGCAUGCGUCACGCAGCAGCUGAUCGUCGAAGGGCUUUCAGAGCUCCGCAUCGCCCGAUGCGGAUAACGUUGGAACAAGAGGCUCCUGACGCAUGGUGGAUCAACCUCAACAUCAACGCCGAGAAUUUCUCGACCUCAUGGUGCCGCUCGUUUGUAAAGAACUUGAAGGAGUGCGUGCAGGACUUGCAGUGCCAGCCGCUGCGGCCUGUGCUAGUUGCAGGGUGA